AUGCGGUCAACACUCCUCCUCCCGUUUCUUCCUGCCCUAGCCACGGCCACGACAUCCCCCAAACGCGGCCUCAUCUUCACUCCCAAUAGCAACUGGCCCAAAGAUGACCUGAUCUGGCUCACGGGCCCCAACAAUCUGACCUGGUACCACAACUAUCAAUCGCUUCCGUCUCCCGAGUCAGACUAUGCCUCCCUUUCCCAGAAGCAGAUCCAAUUCGUGCCGACAAUGUGGGGAGGAAACGAGAAUGACACCGACUUCCUGGGAAAUGUGACCGCCCUGAUGGGGGUCGAUCUCAGCAAAGAAGACAAAGAUGACGACAAAGGCAACAGGAAAGGCGACGGCAAAGGAAAGGACAAAACCAAAAGAGCCGUCGAAAAGCGCGACAUCACCCACGUCAUGACCUUCAACAAACCCGACCAACCCUUUAACGUCGGGGGUAGCGAAAUGGCGCCCCGAGUAGCAGCCAAGGCAUGGAUCAAGAACAUCAUACCCCUUCGUCGAUUGGGAGUCAAGGUCGGCCUGCCACUUGUUGACAAGCCGCACACGGGAGGGAAGAAACGAGACGAUGGGGAGAAAUCAUGGCUGGACAUGUUCUUUGCCAACUGCUCUGGGCUUCUGGAUAAGUUGGAGGACGCAGAAGAGAAGACGUGUGGAUUCGACUUUGUGUCGGUUUAUUCGUUUGGAAGCCUUGAGAUGUUGAAGGAGAGGGUGGGGAUGUUUGAGAAUGCCUUCCCCGGCCUCGACAUCUGGAUCACCGAAUUCGGCUUCCCCUCCGAGACCCUCGAGAACACGCAGGAAUUCUACAACCAAUCCAUUCCCUACCUUGACAGCAAGGAGAGUGUCAAGCGAUAUGCCUGGUUCGGCGCCUUUCGAAGUAUUGUGUCCAACGUCGGGCCCAACCAGGCUUUCUUGGACCCAUAUGGAAAGUUGACAGAUAUUGGGAGCUGGUAUCUUGGUGGAAACGCGACAGGACGACAGGCAUUACCUAGCGAUGACUACAAGGGGGAUAAUGAAAGGUGCACAAAGGACAAGCCGUGUGAAGGGGAUGAGAAUGGGGUGGGAACAUUGCGGCCCGGCGGGUUGAUUGUUCUUUUGGUCGUCGUCUCUUUGUUCUUGGUAUAG